AGUGUGAGUGACUUCACUGCUGUGGAGGGCGGCCGCUCGCUCUGGAGCGUCAUUGAAAGUUUUUGCGGUGGGUGUUGCCUUUUACGUGUCAAGCUAGCCGCCUUGCACCGUUCACAUUUAUGAGUUAAGCGUCGGUAAUGCCUACUUAGCGUUAACGCUGAUCUUUUGGAAGGAGGUGGGAGCGUAACUUUUGCGACUUGGACAACGCUGCCUUACUCGAUUGCAAGUGCUGCCCCGUUGCUCCCCCAAUGACUUCCUCGUUCUCAGCCUGGUUUUGGAGCGAGAGAUUUUGGCUUCCCGAAAAUGUUUCGUGGGCGGAUCUGGAGCAUCCACCACCUGGCGUGGAGUACCCUCGAAUGGGAGACAUACUGUACGCCUUUCCGCUGUCUGUCGGGAUUUUUGUGCUGAGGAUCUUGUUCGAAAGGCUAGUGGCCAAGCCCUGUGCCCACAUACUUCAGAUUCAGGCGGGAGUGCAUCGCCAAGCCCAGCCCAAUGCUGUCCUGGAGAGGGUGUAUCUGUCCAAAACGUGUCCAAAUGCAAAGCAACUGGAGGGACUUUCCAAGCAACUGGAUUGGGAUGUACGGAAAAUACAGAGAUGGUUUCGCAUCCGUCGCAACCAAGACAAGCCCAGCAUGCAGACAAAGUUCUGUGAGAGCAUGUGGCGGUUCACAUUUUACUUGGGGAUUUUUAUUUAUGCCAUUCAUCAUUUAUGGGGGUCGCCCUGGAUGUGGAAUACCAGACGAUGCUGGGACAACUAUCCCUUUCAGCAUCAGAGUCAUCAACAAUUCAAUCACUAUGUGGCUGAGCUGGCCUUCUACUGGUCUCUGAUGUUUUCCCAGUUCACAGACAUAAAACGUAAGGAUUUCUUCAUCAUGCUUGUGCACCAUCUGGCCACCAUUUUCCUCAUCACGUUCUCCUAUGCCAACAACAUGUUAAGAGCUGGCACUCUGGUCAUGUGUGUGCAUGAUGCAUCAGACAUCUUCCUUGAGGCAGCCAAGCUUGCUAACUAUGCCAAAUACCAGCGGCUGUGUGAUGGCCUGUUUGUGGUGUUCAGCAUCAGCUUCUUCAUUGCUCGACUUGUCAUAUUUCCUUUCUGGAUUAUUCACAGCGUUCUGAUUGAGAGCUGGGAGAUAGUAGGCCCAUACCAGGCCUGGUGGCUGUUGAACGGGUUGCUUUUGGUGCUGCAGACACUUCAUAUUAUCUGGUUCUACCUCAUUGCGCGCAUUGCAAUUAAAGCCAUAUUUAAGGGAAAGGUGGCAAAAGAUGACCGCAGUGACAUCGAGAGCAGCUCAGACGAGGAGAUUCAUUCCAGCAGCGGUAAACACCCCAAUCAGACAGGUGGCCCCACCAGGAACCUCAAUGGAGAAAAGCAUGACCACUAAGGACAGAGUGUGGAAAUUUAGUUGUGUGGAUUUGUUCAAUUCCAUUGUGCCUUUGCAACUCACCAGGUCACUUUGACCAUCAUGGAAUAUCACCAAAGAAAGGACUGUGUGCAGGAUACAGCUGAUCCUAUUUACAUUUUGUGAUGUUUACACCUGCUUCAUGCUUGUAAGAGUGACCAGAAAAAUUUUUGAGCAAACAAGAUGGGUUUGCCUUCUUGAUGUGUGUGUGUGUGUGUGUGUGUGUGUGUGUGUGUGUGUUAAUGUCAGAAAUUGCAAAACAGAUCAACACAACUGUCAAUACCAUUUCAUAUAACGAAUGACAUUUUAUUACAGAUUGUACCAUUUUUUUACAGCUAGAAAAAUAUCCCACGCUGAAAUCACUUCAAAGUUUUUCCAAAAAAAAAAAAAAAUCCAAAUACAAAAUAUAUUUUCUUUGUAAAACAUUCUUGUAGCAAACCAAACAAAUAGUAGAUAUUCUGUUGUAAUUAUUGUGAAUGUUCAGAUGAGCUUGAUUUUACAAUUUCACCGAAACAUUAAAUACACCUUGUGAUCCACAA